AUGAAUACUUCAAAUGAUAAACAAACUCUAGCAUGGCCAGCAAGAACCUCAACAACGAUGAAACCUAGUUGGCAAGUUGCUCGAGAUAUUUCAACCGCUGUUCUAUGGAAAAAAUCAGCAAGAUUAAGUUUAAAACAAGAAACUACGCCUAAUUUCACUACUCAACGAUCUAUAUUUAAAAGACAAUCAAGUUAUGCACCAAAAUCUAUUUUAAAACCUUCACAAACAGAUGGAACACCUCGAAUGCCAACUGAAAAAGAAGCAACACUCGCUGCUAUUUCAUAUAAUUUCUUAUGUUCAUGUUGUGGUAGUUCUUGUGCUGGUGAUUCAAUACGUUGUCGUGUUUGUAUUAAAGCAUAUGAUUUACAAUGUCUUACUCAACGUGGUUAUCUUAGUCAUCAAUUGGUUCCUUUACGACGUCAUGCAAAACAAGAUUGGAGUUGUCCAGAUUGUAGUGAUCUAACUCGUUUACUUAGUCAUGAUGAACUUAUGCAUUUAAUGAAUGCAUUUGAUCAAAUUGAUCGAGAUAGAGAUGGCUAUAUUGUUUUGGAAGAAUUUCUUUCACUCAAAGCAAAUAAAACCGGAUCAGAUGGUCUUGAAUCAUUUAUUCAACAUAAUCAAGAUUUAGGAAAGAAAUAUUUUAGUUUAAUGGAUCCAAUACAACAAGGUGCUGUUGCUUGGUCAGACUUUAUACGACUUUAUAGUUGUAAAGUCAUUGCUGCUAAAGAUAGAAUUGAAUUAACAACAAAAUUAACAGAAAAAGAAUUAGUUGCUGCUAGAAGUUAUUUUUUGAAAGAUCCACGAAAAUCAUACGAUAAUGAUUUUAACCGAAUUAUAACAAGAGAAUAUUUUAAUCGGAUUCAUAAUAAUCUUAUUCUCAUAUUGAAUCAAAAAUAUGGUAUUGAUUUUAUAGAUGCAAUUUUAGGUUAUGACGAUCGUCCUGGUAACAUCACUGAUAAAUCUCCUUUAAUGAAUUGGUCAGAAUAUCUUCGUGAAAUUUCGCUUCUUAUUUUAUUAAAUCGUGCUAAUGAUAUGACGAGUGAAGGACAUCGUGCACCAGCUCCUCCUCAUCUUUCUAAUGCGCAAACAGUUGUUCCCUCGGGAACAAAUGAUCCAUCAAAUAAAUUUCCAAUAUCAAGAUCAAACACAUUAAUAACAUCAACAUUUCCAACUAUGUCAUAUGAUGAAUCAUUUCUUAAACAUGCAAAACUUUUACAAAAAAUACAAAAACGUCAUCAAUUUGAAGAGUUAAAAAGGAAGCAAAUGGGUUCGAAUAUAAAUUUUACUAUCGUUGAAAAUAAUGAUGAUGACAAAGGGCGUAUGAAUUUACCAAAAUUAAAAGUGAAUGCUCGAGAUGAUCGAAGAACAAUUACCGAUCCAUGGACUUCUGUUAAAGAAAUGCAACAAUUACGAAAUGAACCAGUACUUAUUCGAACAACACUAAAAUUUUGA